CGGCAAAUACCAAGCCCAAGCAACUAAACUCAACAGACAAUGCGCUCAUUUGUGACACUGUGCACGCUGCUCGCCUUGGCGCAAGCCAAGCCGCAGGGCUACAACUACGCCAGCGGUGUUUCGGGCACAAUCGGCGGCGGCGGCGGCUACGUGAGCGCGCCCAGCAAUAAGCACAGUGUGUCCAACUAUGGCCCACUGGGUGCGUUCCAAGGCGCCAGCGUGGGCUCGCUGCUGAGUGGCUCAAGUCAUGGCCAUGGCAGUCAUUACUCCGGUGGAGGCGGCGCUACCUAUGCUAGCGCUCCAGCUAGCUCUGGCUACAGCAGCAGCGGCGACGGCUCCAGCAAUUAUGGCGGCAGCUCCUCGGCUCACUAUGGCGGCGGCGGCGGCGGCGGCUACAGUCAAAGCUCUGGCGGCUCCUCGUUCACUGGCUUUGCGCCCACGCCCAACAUUGGCUUCGGCUCACUCUCCGGCUAUCAGGCGCCCAGCUAUCAGCAGGAGCAGCAGCAGGAGCAGCGCGCUAGCUUCGAGGCUCCACUUAUACACAAGCAGUUCUUCACAGUCGCCGCACCCGAGGAGCACGAGAGCUUGGAGCGUGUCAAGCAUUUGGUCAUUGGUCGUCCGCAGCGCAAUUAUCGCGUCGUGUUCAUCAAGGCGCCCUCGUCCAGCAGCGCCAAUGUCAAGCUGUCAGCCGAGUAUGCGCCCAAGGAGGAGAAGACUGUUAUCUAUGUGCUCAGCAAGAAGGACUCGACGCUGGAGGUCAACGACAUUGCCACGCCAGCGCCCACACUGCCCAGCAAGCCCGAGAUUUUCUUCAUCAAAUACAAAACCGAUGCGGAGGCAGCGCAUGCCCAGCAGCAGAUCCAAGCCGAGUACGAUCGCAUUGAAGGCAGCUCGGAGCACACCAACGAUGGCGUAGCUGGUGUCCAAUCUGUAGUUGGCAUUCUAGACGCUGCCAAUGGCGGCGGCAGCAUCGCUACUGGUGGCAGCUAUGGUGGCUCCACUGGCGGCAGCUAUGGUGGCUCCACUGGCGGCAACUACGCCAGCGGCAGCUCCUCUCACGCUGCUGGCCACAUUCUGGCCAAUAACUUAACCUAA